AUGCCUCGAAACACAAGGCUCACAACUUUUGAAAAAGGACAAAUCCUUGUCCAUCACUCCAACUGUAUCUCCCUAUCUGCUAUUGCCCGCGAGCUGGGACGAUCCCGCACAGUUGUCACAAACUUUUUGCGCGAUCAAAAGCGGUACAAUCGCAAAAAUGCGGGAGGAAGGCCGCCAAAAUUAACGGAGGCUGAUAAGCGAAGAAUUUUACGGGAAGGCUCCAAAGGAGAUUUGGGGUCAGCAGGGAUUGUGAAAGCAUUGCAACUGAGUGUCAAAGCUCGCCGUGUACGCCAGGUUAUCGCUGCAGCCGAGCAUUUGCGAUACAAGCAAAUUGCACGGACACCAGCGAUGCGGGAGCGUCAUGAAAAAUCUCGGCUCAAGUGGGCGAUGACACGAAUGGUGUGGAGCAAUGCAAAAUGGUCCCAAAUCGUCUGGUCCGAUGAAAAGAAGUUCAACUUGGAUAGAACAGGCGGUUUGGCGUAUAAAUGGCAUGACUUGAGAAAGGAGAAGGAGUGGUUUUCAAAGAGACAAAUUGGGGGUUCGAGUGUUAUGGUUUGGGCAUGCUUUGCCGGUUCAAGGAUAUCAGAGCUUGUUUUUUGGAAGGAAAGCAGGAUGGAGCGAAGUACGUGA